AUGGCGGACCAACAAGAAAAUGAGCUCUUGCCCGAGACAACUGAUGGAUUCAAGGUGGGGGAGAAAAAGACUUUGGAUGAGUAUUCCAAGAUGGAUGCUGAAGAUGAGUCUCUUCAACGCUACAAGGAAUCCCUUGGACUUGGCGGUGGUGGACAGGACCUUAGUGACCCAGCAGAUCCACGUGACUGCAUUAUUCUCACUCUUGAGAUGAACUCCGAAGGCCGCCCCCCAGUCAAGCUCGAGCUUUCUACCCCUGAUGCUCUCAAGACCUUGAAGGAUCACCCCUUUAAGAUCAAGGAAGGUUCCAAGUUCAAUCUUACAGCUACUUUCAAAGUGCAACAUAACGUUUUGAGUGGUCUCCAAUAUGUCCAAGUCAUCAAGCGCAAGGGUAUCAGAAUCGAUAAAUUGCAAGAGAUGAUUGGGAGUUACGCACCCAACACUGACAAGAACCCCGUUCACACCAAGCGAUUCGCCGACGAGGAUGCCCCAAGUGGAAUGAUGGCCCGAGGUCACUACACCGCCAUCUCUACUUUCGUCGAUGACGACAAGAAGAAGCAUCUUGAAUUCGAGUGGUCUUUCGAUAUCGCCAAGGACUGGUAG